AUGCAUGUCCACAUCCUCCCAAAGCCUGCUCUCCCCGAUGCUUGCUGGGUUGGAAGGGUAACCGUAGCCCCCCCCCCCCCAGGUGAAGCAACGGAGAGGUGGCCAGAAGCUGGCAGCAGCCCUCAAGAGAGUCUUAGCAGCAUGGACCAUGAUGAGGAGCCUCUCGAGUCCAAUUCAAAAGAUGAGGACGACACGGAGUUAACACCCAAGGGCAGCGAUGACACACUCUACUGUGAGGCCGAAGCCAUGGGGACUGUGGAGAAAGAGAAACCCCCCAAGGAGGAUUCGGAAACAGACUUGGAGAUCGAAGACACCGAGAAGUUCUUUACAAUUGGACCAAAGGAUCUGUACCUGGAGGCCUGCAAACUGGUGGGUGUAGUGCCUGUCUCCUACUUCAUCCGGAACAUGGAGGAGCCCCACAUGAACCUCAACUACCAUGGGCUGGGCCCCAGGGGCACCAAGGCUAUCGCUAUAGCCAUGGUGUCUAACACAACCAUCACCAAACUGGAGCUGGAAGACAACUGCAUCAUGGACACGGGCGUGACCUGCCUGGUGCAGAUGCUGCAGGAGAACUACUACCUCCAGGAGCUGAAUGUUUCGAAAAAUGAAAUUGGUUUGGAGGGGGCCAAAGUCAUCUCUGAGUUCCUCCAGAGGAACACAUCUUCGCUCUGGAACCUUGGGCUGUCAGGAAAUAACUUCAGUGAGGAAGCCAUAGACCUCUUCUGCCAAGCCCUGUCGAUCAAUUACCUAAUUAGGAACCUGGAUCUCAGUCACAACCAAAUCUCUGAUACAGGAGGGGAACAACUGGGACAGAUGCUGAACAUCAAUGUAGGGAUCCAGGUGCUGAAUCUGAGCUGGAAUCACUUCCACACCCAGGGAGCAGUGGCCUUGUGCAACGGUCUCCGGGGUAAUGUGACCCUGAUGAAACUGGAUGUCUCCAUGAAUGGCUUUGGGAACGAAGGGGCUCUGGCCCUGGGGGAGGUCCUCAGACUCAACAACCACCUGACCCACCUGGAUGUCAGUGGCAAUGACAUCAGCAACGAAGGGGUCUCCAGGCUCAGCAGGGGGCUGGAAUCCAACGAGGGCCUCCAAGUCCUGAAGCUUCUCCUGAACCCUAUGAACAUGGAGGGGGCUGUUUUGCUUGUCCAAGCCAUCAAAAGGAACCCCAAAUCCAAGAUGGAAGAGCUUGACAUUUCUAAUGUGCUGGUGACCGAGCAAUUCGUGAGGAUGUUGGAUGGGGUCUGUGCCGUCCACCCCCAGCUGGACGUGAUCCACAAGUCAGUCCAGGGUUUCUCUGCCAAGAAGAGCACCUUCCUGAUGGCAAACCCCAUGAAACUGAUCCAGAGCUACGCAGACCAGAACAAAAUCCCAGUCGUGGACUUCUUCCAGAGGCUGAACCCUGCUGGGACAGUAAAGAUGCCCGUGGGCGAGUUCCGGAAGGUGAUGGUGCAGCAAAACAAGGUCCCCCUAAACCGGUACCAAGUCAGGGAGCUGAUCAGGAGACUGGAAGAGGAAGCAGGCAUGGUGAACUUCAGUUCCUUGGACAGAAAGGACUGUGACAAAGGGGUCAAGGCCAAGAUCAUGUAG